AUGGCAAGGAGAGGUCUCUCAUUUCUGUCAUCUUUCUUCAAGAAAGAGCAGCUGCUUCACAGUAACUACCUAGUGAAGAAUUAUCUGGGAGAGGGAGGCUUUGGAAAGGUGUUCGAAUGUAUCAAAAUGGACACCAAAGAGACUGUUGCCGUAAAAGUCCUUCAACAUAACGACCCAGUCUAUAACGAGCUGAAUCUACUAAACUCGUUCAAAGACAAGAAGCUGGACCGGUUUAAUAUUGUCCGGUUCAUAGAGUCGUUCCAAACAAAGGAAAACAAAACUGCUCUGGCCUUCGAGAAGCUGGACCUGACUCUGGUGGAAUACCUUAGUUACCACAGAAACUUCCCCUUACAUGACGUGAGGAAUGUAGUCCAACAGAUGGCCACAGCAUUAGAAGCCCUGAAGGAGAACAAAGUGAUCCAUUCGGAUAUAAAGUUAAACAACAUCAUGCUGAUGGAUCGUAGAGAGCAGCCCCUCAGUGCGAAAUUGAUUGAUUUUGGAACGGCUUUUCAAGUCUGGGAAGCGAUUCAAGGGCGCGUUCACCAAACGCUACGCUACAGGGCUCCAGAAAUUAUUUUGGGACAGCCAUUUUCAGAGUCCAUCGACAUGUGGUCUCUAGGUGUCGUGAUGGGCCACAUGACGCUUGGUCACGCACUCUUCCCGGGGGACGAUGAAUAUCAUACAUUGCGAUACAUAGUGGAACUUAUGGGUGCACCGCCAGAGCGUCUCCUGAAUACUGGGAUGUACACUGACACAUAUUUUGUUAAAAGACCUUCUGGUCAGUGGAAACUAAAGACAGCUCUGGAGUACUGGGGAGCUCACAAGUAUUUCAUUGACACGAGGAACUACCGUUUCCGCAACCUGGAUGACUUCAAAGCGGUGCCGCCGCCUAAGCUGAUCGCGGUGAAGCCUGAGGAAAAGGAGACCUGCAUUGACUUGUUGAAGGCGAUGCUCAAGGUGGACCCUGAUCAGAGGAUUACCCCACGUGAAGUCCUGGCACAUCCAUUCAUCACAAUGGGCAGCGCCCACUGCCACAGCCUUAACCUCCGAACUGAACCAGGACCCAGCAAGACAGUGGAAGCAGGGACCACCCAGGCAGCAGAACCAAGAAGCAGCCAGGCUGAUGAGAAAAAGAAGAAGACCAAGACUAAUACAUACACCAGUGGAUGUAGAACACGGUCAACACCAUCAUUUCCAGUUUUUAUGGUGCGGCCUUCACCACCUGAACGCUUCCUGGUGUUUGAUAAGGACAGCAGGAAGCAGAGGGAAGCUUGCCCAUCGGAUAGGCCCAAGGACACUUCUGAUAAGUGCCCUGAGAGCUGUAACCGAGAGCAGAAAGAUAAAGAUCUCACCGGCAGAACACCUGGUGACACAGAGCCCAAGGAGGAGGAGGAGAAGAAGGAGAAGGAGAAGGAAAAGAAGAAUGGCUUUGAGCGCGUAUGUUCCUGGAUGAAGAGGAGGUUCUGCUGGUGCAGCAGUGUCAGUGAGGAUAAGAACUGA